AUGUCUUCAAAUAGUAUAAAGCUAUUAGCUGGUAACUCUCAUCCAGAUUUGGCAGAGAAAAUCGCCAAUAGAUUGGGUUUAAAUUUGGCUAAAAUCGGUGUCUACCAAUAUUCCAACAGAGAAACUUCUGUAACUAUUGGCGAAAGCAUAAGAGAUGAAGAUGUUUACAUAAUUCAAACAGGUACCGGGCAAGAUGAGAUAAAUGACUUUUUGAUGGAAUUAUUAAUCAUGAUUCAUGCAUGUAAAACUGCCAGUGCAAGAAGGAUUACCGCUGUUAUUCCAAAUUUCCCCUAUGCAAGACAAGAUAAGAAAGAUAAAUCAAGAGCCCCAAUAACUGCCAAGUUGAUUGCUAAUUUAUUGCAAACUGCAGGCUGUGAUCAUGUAAUUACAAUGGAUUUGCAUGCUUCUCAGAUACAAGGGUUUUUUCAUAUACCUGUUGACAAUUUAUACGCAGAACCAUGUGUUUUGAAUUAUAUCCAAAAUCACACUGACUUUCAAAAUGUAUUAUUAGUUUCUCCAGAUGCCGGUGGUGCUAAAAGAGUAGCUUCUUUGGCCGAUAAACUAGAUUUAAACUUUGCCUUGAUUCAUAAGGAAAGACAGCGUGCCAAUGAAAUUAGUCGUAUGGUUUUAGUUGGUGAUGUAGCGGGAAAAUCGUGUCUGUUAAUAGACGAUAUGGCAGAUACUUGUGGUACUCUAUGUAAAGCUGCUGAAGUUUUAUUAGACAAAGGUGCCAAGGAAGUUAUUGCCAUUGUUACUCACGGGAUUUUUAGUGGGAAUGCUUUUGAAAGGUUGCAGAAUAGUAGAUUAAGUAAAAUAGUUUGUACCAACACUGUUCCUGUUUCUCAAUCUAUUGAUAGAUUGGAUCAAAUAGAUAUAAGUCCUAUCUUAGCUGAAGCUAUUAGGAGAUUACAUAAUGGAGAAAGUGUUUCAUAUUUGUUUACACACGCUCCGGUGUGA